AUGCGAGGUUUACAGUUGUCUCCGAACGCUUCGCUUCCUACCGAAUCUCACUUUUCGAGCUGUCAUCCGGUUCUGCGUCAUUUGACCCGCCUUAUCUCUCAAGAAAUUGACUCAUCCUCUUCUUCGACCUCAUCCCCACCUCCUUCGUCCUUCUCUUCUCUAUCAGCGGAGCAUGUGGCCUCUGCUGAGGUGGAGGCUGGUCCGAUUGCGCUUAACCCGCCAAAUGCCCCAUUUACUCGCCUGCUUAACGAAGAAAGUGAAGCAGGCCUUUCAGCCUCUUCGGCUGCCCCUCUCUGUGCCGCAGCAGACUCGGGCAUCCAGUCUGUGCUUCUUUUCCACGAAAAAGUAAAUGAUAUUACUCGGCCUGAAGCUGGAACUAGUGGCAGCUCCUCCUCGACCUGCAAAAACGAGCCACUUGCUAAGGUCAAGGAAGCCGAAGAUCAUGUUGCUGAUACGAUUAUUUCGAAAGCAGGCAUGCAAAUCUUGGUG